UUCUGAUACAAUUAAGCUUCUGGUUGUGCCAAAAAAUGAGGACAUUUUACAGGUUGCUUACCCAUCGUCAGCAUACACAACAAUACCCGUCAGUCCAGAUGCCAAACAAACAACACAAACGCAUAUGUUUAGCAAUGAUCAUAGUGGGGAGCAUACUGGAUCUUUAGAUGCACGAUUACCCCCGUAUGUAUCCCCCAUUCAAGCUGAUGCCAAAGGUAGCGAUGGAAAAUUAAGGCAUCAGUUUGAUCGAACACAGCCGAUAUCUUUCAAGACGUCUACACCUGUGCUAAGAACAAAUGCAUUUGACAUAAUUGCUGCAAGUGGAACAAACAAUAAUAAUAGUGAGAGUACAACGAUGAGAGCUGUUACAGAAAGGAGGAGUGUUCAGAACACAUCCUCUCCAUCAUCAUGUGAUUCGCAACAAACGCAGCGCAAUUCGCUAGAGCUAAUGGGCUCUGUUGAGCGGUUGUUCCAAAAGAAUGGACUUUUAUCUUUAAAAAGAGACACUUCGCCUUCCAACAGCAGUAGUGGAUCGGUCAAUUCUGCUGGAAAUAAGCCAAAACAUUCUGGGGAAGAUCAAAGGAGGGCUGAUAGAGCUUUGCCCCAGGCUGCGGUUACUGAUCCAAAUCUACCGGUGUAUCGUGCAACACCGGCCCAUGUGGUCAGUCCAACAAGUAAUGACCCAACCACUAUACCUCAUGUUAUUUCAAACUCUGGACAUUCCGUAGACAGUCAGUCUUCUCAAAAUAAGUCUCAAUCUGGAUCAGAUAAUAACCAAGGGCAUUGGUCUGCUCAAAGCAGAGUUAGAAGGUCGCCAUCAGGUGGCAAUAAGAGGGACAAAGUAGCAGACAUCAACUCUGACAGAAGAAGGGGACAAUAUAUAGGGUCUAGGGGGAGGGUGGACUACAGAUCAAUAGAGACUAAAUCAAUUACCACAUAUGCAACUGAACAUGCAAAAAAAUAUGUAUCUAGAGGACAUGAAUCCAGAUGUGAUGAUAAUGAUUUUAGGCAAGAAAAACAAGAAGAUUCUCAUGAAAAAGAAAAUUUAAAUUUGCGAGGAAUGGUAAUAUCGCGGUCCGACGGUAAUAUCAAUGAUCAUCAAUGGAAUGCACAAGAUAUAGAUAUUGAACCUACUGACACAGAUGGGGUAUUCCGAGCUGAACCUGUUCGCAGAAGUAGUGAGUAUAACCAAAACAAGCCGGUUCAUAUUAGAAAUCCACGGGACACAAAGUCUCUCCGGGAAAACCGUCGUAGACGGAUCCAAUCUGAGGAAGAUCGUACCUUUCAGUCUGUAGCGGAAAGGCGACAGGUAUUUGAAUCCAGAACUCAAUUUAAAUCGUUAGAUUCUCCUAGGGAAAGAUCUGUCGAUGAAAAGAAAAAUGACCUAGAUUACCUGCGUAGACGAAAAAUUAGUAGUACCUCUUCUACCACAUCCGGAAGACUAGAUUCUUACCAGGAUGAAUGGGAGAAUGAUCCACCCCCAUUCAACCGCAAUGACAGGGGGCGUAUGAAGAUUCGCGAGAGAAGUCAAGAACGCGAACGCCAGCAUGAACAGUGGCUGCGUGAAAGGCAUCGUAGUAAGAGCCUAGAAAGAGUGAAUCACCGCAACUUAGGACAGGGUUGGAAGGCCGCUGCCUAUGCUCGCGGGGAGCAAGGUAUGUCCAGGCAACAGAGACAGUCUAGUCAGAUGGAGACACGAAAGCAACAGAUGGAAACACCAAAGCAACAGAGGGAAACACCAAAGCAACAAAUCAGUAGACAGGAUGAAGCAGAAGAAUAUGUUCCAUUAACGACACAACAGAGGAAGCAACAGCUGUUUAGACGUGCGCACUCAAAUUACGAUUCUUGUGAGAGCCUAGACUCUGAGCCCGCCACACCACGUUUACGCAGACCCUUUCAAUUUUUGCUUGGUAGACGACGUUCUGGUAGUCUGGGGAUGCAAAGUUCAGAAAAACCUCUCAAAGAAAAGACAUCAUGGAUUCAAACACUUACUCCUCGGUUGGCUAGAAGAAGCACAUAUGACUCUAGUCAAAAGAAAGUGGGUGAAUCGAAGCAGAGAGUAAGUCGUCGAACCUCAUUUCUCAAGGCAACAUUCGAUGGCAGCAAACACCCCCAACAGGCAGAUACAACAAGUCUCACAUCUUUGCAUUCAUUGGACGAGGACUUCAUUGAACAUCGUACACCACCACAAGUCUCUCAAAAACCAAGUCAGAAACGAACACCAAGUAUUAGGAAGUUAAAGGAAUUCUUUGGUGAAGGAACACCGAGAAUCGUUGAAGCAGCAUCGUCCAGAGUAGGCCCAGAAAGUGAACAGCAAGUGGAUAUAAUCAAAGAAGGCCCUCUGCAGGUCAAAGUUGAAUCCAAAGAUGGCAGGAGGGCAACAGAUAGGUCGUGGAAAUUAGUAUGGGGAGUUUUAAAGGGUCAUGCAUUAUACCUUCUAAAAGAAAGAAGAGAAAUAAACUUGAAUCCUGUUAGCCUAGAAGAACAGCCAAUCAGUAUUAAAUCAGCAAUUGUGGAUAUUGCCUACGAUUACACCAAAAAGAAGAACGUAUUCCGGCUAUGCACUUACAAUGAUUCGGAAUACCUUAUCCAGGUUGCAGACACUUCAACAAUGUUAGCUUGGAUAACCGCCAUCCAGGCCAACAAUAAUCCUGAUGAUGAUAAGGGAGUGGUUAGCCAAGAAUUGAUACUUCGCAAAACUCAACAGCACCAAGAGAAAUUUGAUGCCCAGGCCUUAGCAAUACCACCAGAGAAGAAGCAGCAGUUGUCUCCAGGAUCCAUACGAAGGAAGUUUGGUGGAAGGAGUUCCUCUCCAACGCUGCAACAUCAUACAUCCAAGAAGCCGGUUACUAAAGAAGAUUCAGUGGCACGAAGCAAACCAAAUCAGAAAUGGGCCGGUAAAAUGGUGCACAAGUUUAAAAAGAUCAGUUCAGCAAACCAGUUGAUAGAGGACGCCCCCACUAAGGGUUUAACAUUUGCUGUUCCUUUAGAAGAGUGCCCCCUAUCACAAUUUACAGAGUAUGUUCCAGCCGUAGUGUUUGCAUGCUGCACGAUUAUAGAGGAAAGGGGACUUGAUACGAUUGGAAUUUACCGAGUACCUGGGAAUAAUGCAGGAGUUUCUCUACUGAAGGAUUACCUUGAUCAGGGACAUGGGAUUCAUCUGGAGGAUGAGCGAUGGCAUGAUGUUCAUGUGAUAAGCAGUUUGUUGAAACUAUUCUUCCGGAAGCUUCCACAUCCUAUUAUUCCUAGACUCCAUUAUAAGCAAUUUAUUGAAGCAAAUCGCACCAAAGAGCCAGUCGCGCGUAUGUGGGCCCUACGCCAGCAGAUCCAAGAACUACCUGUCUACCACUACCAAACGUUCAGAUUCAUGGCGUACCACCUGAAAACUGUUGCUGCAAACAACGAAGUGAACAAGAUGGAAGCAAGAAAUCUUGCGAUUGUGUUUGGACCCACUUUAAUCAAAUCGCCUGACGACAGCAUGAUGACGAUGGUUACAGACAUGUCCGAUCAGUGUCGCAUAGUAGAGACUGUGAUCCUUCACUGUGAUUGGUUCUUUUGUGAUGACACCGACAGUCAAGAGAUGCUAUCCGUUGAUAUGUUGCCAGCUUCAGAGGGGGUCCAGGGUGUACCUGAUGUGAAUCUCUUGUUGAGCAAGAUGAGAAAAGAAGAUGGAUCAGGCGAGUCUGGUAGUGAUUCUUCAAAAACAAAAGGCAGUAAAAAGUCCAGAAAACAUCGUAAAGCAGCAACAGCUACAACAGAGGACAGUGAUGGUGAAUUUGGAUUUUCAGACUUGACUGGUAGUCAGGAGGCACGCAGUCGGGCCAUGCAAUUACAAAAGGAGAGAAAUGAAUAUACAGAACAAUAUGGUUCGACAGGGGAUUUUAUUUCGGGCAGUGUGCGCCCACGUGGAGGAGGAGGGGAAAGGAUGAUAAUUCGCAAGGAUAGUUAUUCAUCGGUGAAAAGUGCUGAAAGCUCAACUGAUACUAGGUCUGCUAAAGAGAGUGAAGGAUUGUCGGACAAUGAAGAACCUGUUAUGACUUACGCAGUAGCACGGGAACAAUAUCGUAAAAAUCACUUGCCUUAUUAUACAAGACAACCUUCUUGGAGUCGUAGGAAACUAUCGGAUACGUCCGAUAACAGCCAGGUUUCGAUACCCAGGACAGGGGGCUUAUUACGUAGUCAAGAGCCACAUAGAUCAGCGGGAUGGAUCAGUGGGGAGAAUGAAUGGAAGCAAAUGUAUGCCAGGGAGAGGGAGCGUAUUGAAAUGGAACAUGCAAUAGCGUUACAGGAUUUACAAACAGAAGAUAAAGUCGAGGUUGAAGACUUAUAUCGUGGAAAAGAUUACUUGAAAGAAAUCUCCGCUGUUUCAAACAAAAUUAUUUCUGGGUUUCCAGUACCGGAUGAUUUUGAUGAUGCUGCUGCAUAUCACAUCCAAAGGAAAGCCCAGCCCGACACAACAUCGGUGACAUCAGACUACGGGACAAUGUCAUCAACCAAAACAACGGCAAUGACUCCGGAACUGCGCCACAAAAGUGUGCGUGAACACAGGACUGCAUCUCCUGCCUUAAUGAAAAAAUUGAGGGCGACAAACUCAUUAGCAAUGGGCGAAUUGGACAGUGAAUUUGUAAAAAGCAUGACUGAUCACUUUGAUGAACGUUUGCGGAAAUUAUUAGAUCCCGAUUAUGAAGAAAGUGACAGUGAUUCCGGUCGUGAGGGUGGGAAGAAAUCGCGUAUCCCUCAACGAUCGUGGGAGCAUGAGUUUUAUCGCAAUGAUUUGGGUAGAAACAAUAACAAUUCCUUCUCCACAGAUAAGGCUAUGAACCGCGAACAGCGUUUACUAGAAGCUAAUAAGAUUGCAAUGUCAAAACCAACGUCAUCUAGACCCCAUCCAAUCUAUAUUAAACAAAAUAAUAAAGAGAGUUUUCAAACACAGAGUGCUUCAAAGACACCAUCAUCGCCUCGUAAAGUCAGUCGCAUCGAGGUAACUGUUACGAUGGAAAAGCGUGAUAAAAUUAAACAGAGCCAAACACAGCCUUCAAGUAAAGAGACUGUAAAAGUUGAUAACAAAGAUAAAGUUUCGAAGCAGCUGAAAAGGCAAUCGAAGGACACUUCCUCAAUAAAACGGGAUCGCAAGGACCAACGUGAAAACCGCCGUCGUCGCCACACUGUCGGUGGCAACAAAGAUUUCCCGGAUUUUAACAAAAUUAUGGAAUAUGCAAAUCAGGAGAAUACUAAUGUCUCCAAACUCAGUGCAAUGGACCAGUUGAAGCCUUCUACCCUAAAGCCAAAAGAUUUGAGUACCUGGAUUGAGCAAGAACGUUUACGGAACAGCAGCCCCAACUUGGCCAAUACGGCGGCUGAAGAAAAGAAACGCAAGCGUCAAGAGAAGAUCAUGCGGCGGCGUAGCUCGCCAGCAGAUCUUCUGGCCGCUAAUUGGCUUAGCAUCCCUAAGGCUGGCAAAGACGUUCGCCUUUUUGAAAUUGAAUCAUAUUUGUAGACUUCAGCUUAUUUUUAAUUCUUAUUAACUAAAUAAACAAAUGGAAUUUCAAUUUGUAUAACACAGAGAUAAUGUUUGCAUAUAUUUCUAAGUUUAUCUGUAAAGAUUAUUUUCACUUUCUAAUAGACAGUGUGAGUACAGAACAAGUUUUGUACUGAAUGUUUACAAUGUUCUUAAAUACCUGUUAAUGAGGUAGAAAUUAAUCUGAGCCAGGAUAAUAUUUUUAAAUAUGUAAAUAAUUUUAGUCAUGUGUAUAAUCUUCAUAUUAAAUUGUCAACAUGUAUGUCUUUACUGCACAUACUGCAAUGGAUUGUGGGUGUGCAGGAUCAGAAUGACUGUUUUACCACCCAUAAUACAUUGCAGUACACGUUGAGACAUACACAUGGCCUUACCCUGUCUUUUAAAUGAUACAUCUUAUAAUACUCGACUUAUCCUGAUAGGAAAAUAUACACACUAAGCUAUUUGCGAUAUUUUUGAAAAACUAAAUUUUUCACGGAAUGCCAUUUUACCAAUUUUUAUUUUAAAAUUUAUUUUCCUGCUAAUCAAAACUUUGAUAUAAUUUACUUUGCUUCCUUUUUUUCCUUUUUUGUGGAAAUUCUGAAGUGAAAUGUAAAAAAUUUAGAAGGCAAUUUUUAAAUUUGUGGUAAACCCGAACACUUUAAAUUUAAAUACAGUUCGCCCUCCAUCUGGUUCGUCCACCAUUGGAGUCUGAAAAUACAGUAUGAUCUUGGGGUUUGGUUUCCAAUUAGAUGGUUAACUUUGUGUUCACUGUUGAAAGACUGAUGGUUGUUUGUUGGUACUUUUAAAAACUGGUCUUGGAAUUUAAGAGGACUCAAACAAAUGAAAAGAAUCUGCCUUUAAUGCAAGGUUGCAAUGUUAUGUAUUGGGAUACAUAUAGUGUUUGGGUUAUGCAUAUUCAGAAAAAAACAGUGGUUACAAUAAAAUUAAUUGUAUUCUAUUUCUGAAAUGUUGGAAUUUUAAUAAUAAUUAUUUACUUGGAAAUUCAAAGAAUUUCUGAUAAUAAAAACUAUAUAUUAAUAUUUUAACAUUUAAAUAGUAAAAAAUGUAAAUCGAGUUAUUUGUAUAUUCUGGAAAAAUGUUAUGGGAAAAAGUCACAGACAACCUAAUUUAUGCCCUACUGUCAAGAUUUAUAAAUUUAAGAGAAAGUUUAAAGUAAGUACAUAGUAUUUGGGAGCCUUAUGAUUAUAUCUAACACAUUUUUUUUCACAUUUGAGUAGAAAUUGUUAAAAUAGUCAUGUAAACGUUAUAUGUAAAACUGUCAUGGAAAAGUGAACGUUUGUAAAAUGGUUGUGGAAGGUUUAUGAAAUUUUUGUGAAAAAUUCAUGCAAGGUGCUGGUUAGUGAUAAUGAUCUAAUGUGUCAACUUUCUCAGCAUUACCUUACUAUCCUCUGUGGCCCAGAAUCUUCAUGCAAACUUUGUCUGAUAUCGGCUUAAUCUGCACAUUUAUAGUGCAAGAAUUUCAGAAUUAUACCAAAAAGUUAUUAUUAUUUUAAUUUAUUUAUGUUUUUAAUCAAAUAUAUAAUUGGUAUUACAAUCAGUUAAUACACAAUUCUCAUACGUUAAGCCCUGUCCAGACUAUUAAAUUUUAUUUGCCAAAAACAUGUGACAUGCCUAAAUAUGGUCAUGAUGACAUCACAUCAUGACCAUAUAUAGGCACAUCAUGACUAUAUAUGGGCAUAUGACAGUUUUUUGUGAAAGAAAAUUUGAUAAUCUGGACUGAGCUGAGAAAAAAAUGUUAUACACAUUGUGAGUGCUUUAGAAAUUAUUAAUGUGUUCCCUGCUAUAUUGUGUCCGUGUGAAUGCACAUCUGUAUAAGAUUUGUGCGCAUCCCGUGUAAUUUCGGUGUAAGCAAUACUGACAUCGCAGAAGCCUGUAACACUCCCGAGAUAGGUUGUUCAUGGGCCGCGACUUAUCUUUCACUGUGUUGACCCGCUUAUUUUAUGCCGGGCACUCACUGCAUCGUUUGACCAUCGCAACGACUGUCGCAGGACGAUUCCAAUUAAGCACCCUGUAUGCGCUAGACCUGGCGAUGCCGUUUGCUGAUUGUCAGUGGCAGUCUUAAAGAGGUUGUCAUUAAAAAUUAUCCAUUUCGUGCGCGUUGUCGAGUUUUUUUCUUUAUAGACCUAAUUUGGCUAUUGCACGGCUUUACUGUCUGUUUAUCAAUUAUACAGACUUUAACAAGCUUUGUAUUCGCUCCUGUAGAAAUUAUGGUAACCGUACCCGUACAUCUUCAGUGUAUUAUUUGGUCUUGUGUGAUUUGGGUUUAAUUAAUUAUUAGUAAGCAAAUGGGCUCAUUAUUGUGGGAGGUGGAUCCAAUUUUUUUUUUUUUUUUGAGAUUGGAAGCAAAGGAUUUGGGUAGCAUUUUUGGAAUUUAUUUUAAUAAAAGGAAAAUUCAAAUCUUUUUCUGAGGAACAUUUCACCCCUCCCUCUAGAUUUGUUGCUUAACUUCUCUUUUAAUGUCUGUAAUGAAUAUUAUUUUUACAUUCAGAUUAUUAGUUUCCUCACUGGUCCAUAUAUGGUCCAUAUAUGCAAACUGGAAAUGGUGCUCAAUAAUCUGAUGGGUGUCCUAGGAUUAAAUAUCCUAAUUAUUUAAAGUGAAUGAAUCUUAACAGUGUGAAUAAAGUGUGUUUUGUGUGAUUUAAAUGUAAUUAUAUUUGUUUUGUGUAUAUUCUUUUAACGGAAAUAUAAUAAGUGUUUGCCAUUUUCCUAUUUAUAUGUGUCCAUGUUUUUUAAACAAUGUUAUGUUUUGUUAUUUUCAUAUGAUUUCGUACUUUAACCCUAAUAUUUGUCAUAUAUUUUUUUUUUUAUGACUUUAGUAUCAUUUGGAAUAAUUUAAUAAUCAUGAUAUUUUUGAGCCAUUUUAUUUUUGUAAAUUAUUCAUUGUUAUGAACAUGAAAUAAGUAUCAAACUGAUUCUGCCUUCAAGUGUUAAAAUGAAAAUUGUAGUAAUGUAGUUAAAUUCUGAAUUGACCUAAGCUGGUAUUACCUUCAGUGUGAUUGGUUGUUUUUACUGGACACCUGGAUUGUGAAUGGUUGGUUUGAAUGCGGUCACAACAUGUGAUUGGCUGAUUUGAUGUCUUCAGCUGAAUCAUGUUUCAAGUAUCAAUAUUAUUUUGUUUAUCAAGGAUAUCCAAAUAGUUGUAAAUAUGCAAAUGACUACUAAGUAACAGGUGCCAACAUAAUUACAUAGAUCGGCCUGCCAUGGGUGCCUCUAGAAAUUUGCCAACAGGUUUUCCAACAAGACCAACAGUUGGCCUGAACCAAAGGGCCACCUAUAACUUCAGUCAAGGUUGGAAUUAAAUCCCUGGUGGGCUUCAUGGGGAGAGAUUUUAUGGUGUAUGAUAGCUCAAAAUUGUCCCCUUACACAACAUAUGACCAUCACAAUUGAUUGGAUCAACAAUUUUAUCAUUUUUGUUUGAUGAUCUUUGCUACUUAAUCUCCCCCACUGGCAUUGCAAGUGGUUAAAUUAUUGGGAGUCAACAUACAUUGAUAUAUCAAUAAUUCUGAAUACUGUAAAUGUUCCAAUAACUUCCUCUCACAAAUAAGCGCCGCACCAGAUGUGUGCUGCAUCAGAACAGUCCUAUGUGUACAAUACAUUAUACUGUACCAUUUAUCUAUAAUAAAUUAUAAAGGCUGGUCUCAAUUUAGUGCUGCAGUGCUUAUUGGAGCAUUUAUAGUAAGUCUAUGAAGUUUUUGUCUUUCGCUUUAUUUAAAUUUGACUAGAUGUCCCUUUUUGGCUCACUAUGGUGCUAAACACCUCCAAGUUACGUAGUUGGACAACUUUCUUCUUAUAUUCCAAAAUAAAUAUUGCGCAAUGCAUUUUAUGUCAACUUAGUUCUUUUCUGGAUGUUUGUAUGCCUUUUUUCGACAAUGUGUUAUGAUACAAUGUAAUUAAUAUUUAUGUACUUCAGUGUUAAUACACAGUUGCCAAAUUAUGAAUGAACUGAGUUGAUAGGUUCUAAAAUCCCUUGAGUAAUAUAAUAUGUAACAAAUAUUUUAAGAAAUUGAGUUUUUGAAAUGUGCUCAAUUCGAAGAGAGUACAGACUCGUAUACUCCCAUUGACUUGAAUACAUCUCUGCUUGCAUGCAGAGAAACUUUUUUUCUACUGAUUAAAUAGACUAAAGAAGGCGCUAUACUCAGUCUCAAAACAUUGUUGAAAAUAUAUUUAACAGAAUUUAAAAGGUGCCAGAAAACUUUGUUUUGAUAGCAGCUUUACUAUGGCUCUAAUGGUAGAACAUGUAUAGUGUAAGAUAUAUUAUACACAAGUUUAAUUAUUGAGUGUUGUCUUUCCUCCAUUAUGUGAUGACAGAAAACUCAACUUGCUAUUUUUAGUUGUCACUAAUUAUUAUAAUAUUGAUGUAAUUAGAAAUUAUGUGUAAUAUACAGCUUUCAUAUUUUUCAAUAUUAAAACCGUCUUUAAUGAAUUAAAAUAAAAUGUAUUUAAUGGCGUUAUUUCAUUAUAUAGUAUUUCACAGGAUAAUAAUAAAAACAGGGAUAAGUUUUAUAUAAUAACAAUU